AGUUCGUGCAUUCAAGGGUGUGCAUAGCAUAACGUGCCAGCCGUGCCAGCGACCUGCAGCGACCCACGUUUCGCUGUGAGGUUGCACAAAUCGACGUGUCACGUUUAAAGGGGCAACAGCGAACUAUUUGUCUCACUCUCGUUGACUCUCGUCACGGGAGCAUUCGUAUAAUGCGUACGUAUGUGACGAGUUGCGCUUUAUUCUGCCUGCGUUUGACCAAGUGAAAUUCGCGUCAUAUCCGACCGCGACGGGCAGUAGCGACGCCUCGUCACCUUGAGUACGAGGGUGAACCAUCGUUUCUUCGUAGACGUAGUACAUACGUGAACGUGUAUAUACAUUCAAGAUUGAGAAAAAUUCCGGUUGGACCGACAUCGGCUCGGAUUGAAUCCCCCUCCUCGACGGGAACCGUCUCGGUUAGACGGGCGAUCGUGUUGGGGAAGCGCGCGAUUGACCGGGGAGAUCGAUUGGCGACUCUCACAGGCACCUCGGCAUCUAGGACGAGAGACGCUACAUGUGGGAGUUUGAAAAUUGCCUUCGACAUUUCGUCGUCGGACCUUGAUGAUCGCUACGGCAUAAAACGUCAACCUUCAUGGUGCGAACUGCAACGUCGGCUGCGUUGCGAUCAUAAAGCGUAAAUCCCUCAGCGGGUUCCUCGGCGGAAUUAGAUCAGGCAAUCAUGUAACUAGACUAUGACAGCGAUGGAUUCCGAUUCCGAGAGUCAGGAUAGCGACGACGGACGGCGGUUUCGUUUCGAGGCUACGCGCAAGGAUUCGGUCGCCCCUUUAAAUACCGCGGAUCGAACGAAGACUCCUAAGAAGCACAAAUCGUCGUCCCACAGCGAAAGUUACCGGGACAGGAAGGAACGUUCCAAGCACGAGAGUAGUAGCAAGAUAGAUGACAAGAAUUUUAGACACUCCACGAAGCACAUAAAGCACGAGUCGAGAAACUUGAGACAGGAAGAUAGCAAAAAUGCAUACAAGGAACACAGGGAGAGUAGAUCUGGACUCGUCACGAAUGACAGAGGCUCCAGAAAUUCUAACGGCAGUGACGUGAGAGAGAGAUCGCGAGGUGACUCGAAACGACAAUCGGACAGGGAUCGCAAUAUUCGGGCGCAGCAUUCGCGAGAACAUUCGUACGAGAGGAACCAUCACGACGAGCGAGCGUCGAACGACAAGCACAGAGGUCGAUAUCACGAGAGACACAAGCAUCGUUCUCGCGACAGGAGUCGCGACAGGUCUCAUCAGUCGAAUAGAAUUAAGUCCUCGAAUGACGAUCAUCGGUCGCGAGAGGAUCACGGGAGAUACGAUUCCUCUAGAAAGAGAUCGGUAAAGGAGACUAAGCCACAAGAUUCAAGGGACUAUUCCUCGCCUAAGAACGUCGAGCGAGAGCGCAGUCACAGCGAGACUCGCUCGAGCGAGAACGCUAAGAAGGAUUCGUCGAUAGAGGCUCAAGACUGCAAGGAUUUAGAUUUGUCACAAUUCGACGUCCUGUCGGAGACCGACGAGAACAUGUCGGACUAUCGGGAUUCCGAGGACCGAACGUCGUCUCCGCACUCGCGUAACGUGAAAAGACACGAUUCUGAAAUUCGAUCGGAAAGUCAUGCGUCAAAGCGAGAGAACGACGACGAGAUCGACGAGAGAAAACGACGGGGAGAAUUAAAGGUAAAGAGAAGGAGCUAUGAUCCGGCAUCUAGUUCCAGUAAUAAUAAUCCUAGUGCCGUUUCAGAUUCCUUACUCGACGCCACAUCGUGCGCGACGCUCUUGGUAACGAGAGAAAUUCGGAUGGACUCUGAGAGAGAAAAGUCUGAUUGUGAAGAGGAGAGAAUACUUGUUUGCGACAGUAACGUCGAAUGUUCGAGCUCGGGGGAGAAAUGUUCGCGUUCUAAUGUUUCUUCGGAUGAGAUACAAUUGUUGAAAAAAAAUUUAGAUCAAACUGGAUGCGCGUAUGGUCCACUUUUACCACCGGGAUUCGCAUCUAGUACGUCUGGUAAUAAUAAACUUGAUUCCGAGACGUUUCUUCACGAAAGUGAUAUCGACGAGGAAGUUGAGGGAAUAAGUACGAAUUUUAUUGGACCUCGUUUGCUACCUUUGUUAAACGAUCGUCGAAGCGCAGAGCGAGAGAACGAAGCGGAUAUUGUUACUUCUACGACAGAAGCGGACACUGUUUUCGGACCUGCACUGCCACCACAUUUGCUACAACGACAACGAAAGAACGAUUCGCAGAAUAAAAUUAUCGGCCCUGUGCUACCUAUGGACACCUCUGGCAUUUCGGAAUCAUGUCAAGACUCGAUGGAAUCAUGUCAAGACUCGAUUGCGUUUACAGAAUCUGAUGACGAUUCCGCGAUAGGUCCUCUACCAGCGGAUCACCCAGCUUUAAGAACUAGUCGCGUACACGAGCAGUUAGAUUUGAGAGCACAAAGAAUCAGGGACGAAAAAUAUUCGGAAGAGAUUGACAUUGGAAAUAAACGCGAGGAGUGGAUGACCGAAUUACCACCUGCUCAAGCUGCUACUCUUGGAUUGGGUCCGCGUAAAUUCAGAAUUCGGGAUGGUCCAGAUAUGUCAGAUAGAUCAUGUUGGACUGAUACACCGGCACAAAAAGUUCAGAAACAAAUGGACUUGGAAACAAGAAGAUUCAAAGAGUCUGAGAAAAAGCAUGUAAAUGAAUUUCACAAGAAAGAAGAGAAAAGCGGAAAACGAGAGAAAUCGUUGUUAGAAAUGCACCAAAGCAAAGUCGCCAAGAAAAAGAAGAAAGAGGAAAAAGAAGCAAAACGAGCUGGAAUAUCAACGAGAAGGCCCUUUGAUAGAGAUAUUGAUUUACAAGUUAAUCGAUUUGAUCAGGCGCAAAAGAAGACUAUUCUGAUGAAAGCACAACUCCUCGACGAUAGGUUCUCGCGCGGGCAAAUUUAACGAGUUCGAUUUUGCACAGGGACAAAAUUAUGGUAAUUAAUGUAAAUAAUUGCAAAUUGUAAAGGAAGUUGUAUUCUGUAUUAAAUGCAUUGGGCUGAUCUUACAAACUCCGAUUAAUUUGAGCAGUCAAUUAAAUUUAAGAAUAGCCACUUGCAAAACCUGAAAUUAAUCGUAUUAUUUUAUGUUCCUUGUUCAAUUUUUUGCAAAUUAGAAUUUAUUUAUUUCAAAUAUAAUAAUUAAAUUAAUAAUUAGUUUUUUUAAUUAUCAAUAAAAUAAUUUAAAAAAUUAGAUUAGGGAUGAUCAGUUUUAAAUUUUGCAGUUGUCAAUUUAUAAAUUUAGCCGGCUGAUUAAGUUAAUCGGAAUUGAUGAAACCAGCCCAUUGAUUUGCAAGUUAAUCAGUUUGAUCAGAUGAAAAGCUAGAUUAUUGAUGAAAGUACAGUUGCUCGACGAUAGAUUUUCGCCUAGACAAAUUUAACGAGUUCGAAUUCUCAAAUGGGAAAAUAAAUAUGACAAUUGUAAAUAAUCGUUAAUUGUGAUGAGACUCUAUAUUAAAUGCGUUUAAAAGUUGACAGAUAUCGAAUGUUGUUUAACGGUGCCUUGAAUUAAAGAAUUGAAUUAUUCUUGCCAUUUUGACAAUUUUACAUAAAUGUUUUAGCAGAAUAUGCACGUUAGCUUCAUAUUCGUAUCUUUCUAAUCGUGAUUUUUUAUACGACAUUUUACUGUCGAUGUCAACUAACUUUCGUCAAAUUUUAUUUCAAUUUUAAUCUCAGUUCUUCAGCUUUUUCCGAAAUAAAUGUAUUGUUGUACAUUGUAUCACAAAUGUUAUUACGAAUUUGAUUUUGUAUUAUGAAUCAAGCAUAUUGUUUUAGAUAAAGCUUUUCCAGUCAUAUUUCCUGCACAUCUGUUUUGUAAUGUGCAAUGUUGCAACGAUGCAUAAUAAAUUACAGUUGCGAACGAGAAUUUUAUAAAUCCUAUAUACUCGUAAUGUAAAUAGCAUUGUACUGUAUGUGAUGAUUAUAAAAAACAACAAUGACGUAUGUAAUAAUAAUAGUAAUAAGAAUAAUGAUUGUACGGUACAUUUCUGCUCAUGUAUAAAAUAGAUAUGCCGCUCGUUAUUUGUUCAUCGUAUUUUCUAUAAGUGAGACAGUACAAAAUAGUGCGAUACUUGGCGUUGUUGAUACGUAUCUUACAAAAGGUACAUAUCAGCAUGACUAUAAUAAAUACAAGUAAAACUACAUUGUCACACUUUUGAGAACAACAUUAGAUGGCACAUCAUACUGAUUUCACAUGCAAAUUCUCAAAGGCAAUUUUAUAUUUUCGAUGAGCCUGAAAUUUCAUUUUAAUUGACAUUACUUAAGAGAUGUGUACAUCUUACAUAUUAAUAAAAUAAAUCUUGAUAUCGCAAGGAUUUAAAGGAUCCUAAAUUUUAGUAAUUUACUAAUUUGUGGAUCUAUUAUUGCACUUUCUCUCACAUAACAAGAGAUAUAAUUCGUACGAUAUCGGAUUAAUAUCAUUGGAUGAUUAAUUACUUUCUGCUGAAAAAUUGUAUAAAAAUCUCUGGAUUUCUAUACACAAAAAUAAAAUAUGUUUUGAU